AUGACUGAAAAAGGCAAGAAACAGCCACAGCGGAUCAACCAUUCAGUUUGGUUCUAUCUUGAUGAGCUCGCCUCCAGGGUGGUGGCCCAGACUGGCAUACCCAGCGACAGGUUCCAUCUUGGAAAAGUUAUCCUUCAGAGCCUGAAAGAUGAUCCUGAUUUUGUACUGCAGAUCGAUGGAGCCCUCGGCGUAUCAGAAACCAACGGAUCAGUUCUGGAGCGCUCCGUCCGCUGCGCCACCGCCCUCAGCAGGCUGGGGGUCCAGCGAGGAGACGUCAUGGUCAUCAUGGCUCCCAACCACCUAGACCUGGCCAUAGCAUUCUACGCUGCUCUGUAUUUAGGCGUUAUUAUAGCGGGCGUAGAUAUGACUUUGGGUGUCCGGGAACUUGUAGAAACGUUUAAUGUUCAAAAACCGAAACUAAUCUUCUGCCAGACAGAUAAAGCGUCCGAUGUCGAAACAGCUCUACUCAAACAAAAUAAUAAAACUCAUGUCAUAACAUUUGAUAAGGGAAGCAAAUUCUAUUCAUUCACUGACUUCCUUGAAGAAAAUGCAGAUGACACAAGAGUUGAAGACUUCAAACCAACCGAUUUUGACCCAGAAGAGACCGUGGCUUUCCUCACUUCAACAAGCGGAUCAACUGGUCUCCCCAAGGCGGCGAUACUGACGCACAAAAGCCUGACUAUAUUAAUUCCACCAAACAUGUCCAGAUGCACCGACUUCCCUACACCAACAAAGCUGAGUUUUAGCGUUUCUCCCCUGCAAUGGGUGUCAGCUGGUAUACAGUACACCGCGUCACCUAUCUACCGGUAUACCCGCCUGCAGACGUCAGCGCCGUGCACCAAGGAACAUAUUUAUGACAUUAUCAACAAAUACAAGCCGACAUCUAUAAUUAUGAGUCCAACUUAUAUGUCGAUACUCGUGGCUGCUGAAGACAGGGGCAGAUGCGAUUUCACCUGCUUCAAAAGUUUCGUUCUGGGAGGCAGCCAUGUGCCGACUACUCUAAUAAAUACUCUGAAGAGCAUGGCGCCAAAAGCUGAUAUUAUUAUCCUGUAUGCCAUGAGCGAAAUUGGUACUGUCACUGGAUUGGACGAAGGAACCCCUUUGGAAUCUAUUGGCAAGGUCAUGGGGCAUUUACAAUACCGGUUAGUUGAUCCCUCUACAUUAGAGGAUAUUAAGGAGCCUAACGUUCCUGGAGAGCUGUGGGUGAAAGGACCUACUCUUUUUAAGGGUUAUUACAACAAUCCAGAAGCCACCAAAGAGGCGUUUUCCGAAGAUGGCUGGUUCAAGACGGGAGAUCUGUUACGCAGGGAUGCCAAUUACAACUUCUUCUUCGUAGACCGUUUGAAAACGCUGCUGAAAUACAGGAAUCAUCAAAUAUCGCCCGUGGAAGUGGAAGGGGUGAUCCGCAAGCACCCGGGAGUGGUCGACGUGGUGGUGGUGGGCGUGCCCGACGAGGAGUGCGGCGACCUGCCCGCCGCGUGCGUGGUGCCGCGCGCCCCGGGACAACUCACUGCGCAGGAGAUCAAGGACUUGGUCAAAGAUAAUCUUACAGACACCAAACGGCUUAGAGGAGGAGUGGUGUUCAUGGACCACCUUCCAAUGAUGGUCUCUACCAAAGUGGACAGAAUGAAACUGAAGAAAAUGGUGGCUGAAAUGAAACAAUAUGGACGAUUGAUCGUAGAUCGAGCUGAAAAUUAAAUAAGUUAAA